GGAGGUGGCGCAGGCACUGCAGGAGAACGCUUUCAACCCCAACAGCCAACAUUCUCCCACUAUCCUCCCCCACCAUCCACCCCAUCAAUGCAGGGAGGCGGAGCAGGCGCUACAGGAGAGCCCUUGGUGGGCCCCAUGCCGCCCGCCCUCGCUGCAGAGGCGCUUUCAACCCCAGCAGCCAACACCGUACCCAAUAUCCUCCCCGUCUCCCCAUCGUCCCCCCAUCGUCCCCCCAUCAUCCCCCCAUCGUCCCCCCAUCGCCCCCCCAUCCACUGCCCCCCAUCCUCCUCCCCAUUGUCCCUGCAUCCACCCCCCAUCGUCCUCCCCAUUGUCCUUGCAUCCUCCCCCAUUGUCCUCCCCAUUGUCCCUGCAUCCUCCCCCCAUGGUCUCCCGCCCCUCCCCCAAUCACUGCAGAGAGGCGGAGCAGGCACUACAGGAGAGCCCCAUUUGUGGGCCCCAUGCCGCCUGCCCUCGCUGCAGAGGCGCUUCAUUCCCCUUCAACAUUAUAUUGAUCACCCCAAUCCCUCACCAUCCACCCUAUCACUGCAGGGAGGCGGAGCAGGCGCUACAAGAAAGCCCCUUUGUGGGCCCCAUGCCCCCCGCCCUGGCUGCUGAGGCCGAGCAGGCGCUACAAGAGAGCCCUUUCGUGGGCCCCAUGCCACCCGUCCUUGCUGCAGAGGCUGCCAACGCCACCCAGGCGGAGAAAUACGAGGAGGUGGAGCGCAUUCUGGACCUGGAGCUCACGGCGUACGCCAUUCUGGGGGUCACGGCUGCUGCUGGCGACGGCGAGAUCAAGAAGCGCUACUGGAAAGCAUCGCUGCUGGUGCAUCCGGACAAGUGCAGCCACCCGCGCGCGCAGGAGGCGUUUCUGAGGCUCAACGAUGCAGUGAAUCGACUCAAGGACCCCGCCAAGAGAUCGGUGGUGGACGCAGAGAUUGCAGCCAGGGAGGAGCGCAAAGAAAUGGAGGCGGAGCUGAGGGCGCUGAGGGAGGCGGCAGAGUGGCGCAAGCUCAGAGGCGAGGCCCUGCCCGGGGACGACGAGCUGCUGGGGACGGCGAAGCGGGAGGGCGUGGAGCGCGAGACGUGGAUGACGGAGCUGCCACCUGAACGACAGGCGGGCCCGCCAGCUCAGACCAACACGUUCUUCAGUCGCAGUGGCAAGGUGGGCCGGGGCGACACGUCAGCAUGGACCGACAACCCCGAGCAGCGGGCUGCCAGAGCCAAGCAACAGUACCUGGAGGCCUAUUCGUCUGCUGCAAAUGCGCUGGAAGGCCCUUCUGCUGACUCAGCCGCCACCCUGCAGUCACUACAGGACAAGCGCACGGCGGCACUAGUGGACAACCUUGCCGCCCAAAAACAAGCCGUUUCAUUGGUGGAGCAGCACCGGAAGAAACAGGCCGAGGAGGGCAAGAAAAAGACGAAGGGGAAGGAGAAGGGGAAGGGGAAGGGAGAGGGUGUGGGGAAAGGGGAAGGGGUGAGUGAGAGAGGGGGAGGUGGGGAGGCUGGGUGGCGGAUGUGGGAUAGGGAGAAAGAUCUAGAGGUGAAACCCAAGGCCAUGAAGUGGACGGCAGACGGCAUGGCUCAGGGCCUCUCCGGGCGGUUCUCAGGCGCACAGUCAGGCAGCCGAAAGUUUUUGUAA